AUGGUUGCUACAUCUCGCCUAAGCCUCUUUGGCUUGUCCCUACUCUCGUCUGUCCAGGCGGCUCAGUAUGGGUACAACCACGUAACUGUGCGCAAGGAUACAAACAUCGUCGCAGCCAACUUCAAGGAUAUCGAGGGCUUCGACUUGCUGUCGCCUGCGUUUUUGACCCCGGACACGAUCCCCGCAGGCUUCUCUGAUGGCACACAGGGCCCGACAAAUGACGACCUUCUUGACUUGGCCGAUAAGAACGACUGGUUGACUUACAACAAAGCCAACUUCACCUCGGAGGAAGGCCGUCCGUUUCCUUACCUCCACCUGUCUUCGAUAAAGCUGUCACGCAGGAUUUCUAACUCGACUGGCAAGGUCAGGGUUUGGGUCCAAGGUGCCGUCCACGGAAACGAGCCAGCCGGCGAUCAGUCACUUUUGGCCCUCCUCGGGGCUCUAGACGCGAACCAGACAUGGGCCGCGUCGCUCCUUGAGAAGCUCGACAUUGUGAUCCUGCCUCGGUACAACCCCGACGGUGUUGGCUACUUCCAGCGCACCCUAGCCACCAACUACGACCCCAACCGCGACCACGUCAAGCUCGCCCGCAAGCAGACCCGCGACAUUAAGACCCUCUUUGGCGAGUUUGCUCCCCACGUCGCCAUCGACAUGCACGAGUACAGCGCGACUGCCCGCUACGGAAGCUACUACCACGCCGCCGACGGUCUCUUUUCCGCCGCCAAGAACCUCAACAUCCACCCGGACAUCCGCACGCUGUCCGAGGAGGUGUUUGCCAAGAACAUUGGCUCGGCCAUGGAGGCCCGGGGCCUGCGCUGGGAGCCGUACGUGACGGGUUCCACCAGCACCAACCCGGCCUUCAAACCGACCUUCGCCGAGGCCGGCUCGGACGCAAAGAUUGGUCGCAACGCCAUGGGCCUCACGCAGUGCGUCACAUUCCUCAUUGAGAUGCGUGGCAUUUUCCUCGCGAACCAGGAAUUCCAGCGCCGCACCGUGGCCGGCCUGACCAUGGCAUCGAGCAUCAUCCAAACCGCCGCCGACAACGCCGAGAAGGUCUACACGACCAUCGAGUCCUCCAUCGCCGACUUCGAGUCCUCCACUUCUGAGAUCGUCGUGACAGACUCCUCGCCGCUCGUCCAGCGCACAUUCAAAAUGGUCAACAUUAACAACGGCUCCGUCACCGACGUGCCCAUCAACUUCCGCUCCACCACGCCUGUGACGGCUAAUAUCACCCGCGCCCGCCCCGAAGCCUACCUCAUCCCCGUCGCCUGGGCCGAUCUCGCCGAGCGCCUGCGCGUGUCUGGUCUCGAGGUCGAGACACUGAGCGAGCCGUAUGUCGGCAGCGUGGAGGCGUACGACAUCACUUCGGCUGUUUUUGAGACGGAGUACUACGAGGGCGUCGUGCGCGCUACCGUGACGACGGAGGCGCUGACCAGGGAGGUGAACUUGCCUGCUGGCAGUUUCCUCGUCAGCACGAGGCAGAAGAACGCUGCUCUUGCGUUUGUGGCGCUCGAGCCGGAGAAUAUCGAUUCGUAUGCUAGUUUUAACAUCGUCCCUGUUGAGGCUGGGGAUGAGUAUCCCAUCUACAGGGUAUUGGCAUAA